CAACAGACAGCCAUCAGCUUCUCCAUUUGAAUUUUUCUCCCAGAAGUUUGCGCCGAAGUGACAUAAUGGCAGCAGCAUCGUCAUUUGCAUCUGACCUCAGGAUUGUGGUGUUUGGAAAGAGACAACAUGAAACAUCAACACUAUGUGACUUCAUCACAAGGGAUGAUGAUGAUCCUUAUCAGAAAAUCUCAAAGCAAUGUAGAGUCACGUAUGGAGAUUGGAGAGGAAAAACAUUAACAGUAGUGAAAACCCCAGAUGUCUUCAGUCUGCCCGAGGACAGAGUGAGAAACCAGAUGAAAAACUGUGUCGCUCUUUGCUCCCCUGGACCAAAUGUCCUCCUGCUGUUAGUGAAGUCGCCUGAUUUCAAUGAAGAGGACAGACAAAAAUUUAAGUUCAUCCUGAGUUUCUUUGGUGAAGACGCCUUAAAACACUUAAUGGUCAUCCAAACACAAACUGGUGAGGUAGAGAAUUCUUCAAUGAACCAAAUCAUCCAAGACUGCAGACAAAGGCAGCACAGGAUUGACUUUGAAAGAAAAGAUCUUCCCAAAUGUGAUUAUCAAGAACUGAUUGAACAGAUGGAGAAGAUAGUGAUCGACAAUGACGGAUGCCAUCUUAGUUAUACUGAAGGGACUGAUCCUAUGACGGUAUCUGUGGCCUCAAAACCUCCUCUGAACUUAGUAUUGUGUGGGAGAUUUGGAUCCUGGAAGAGUUCAGUCGUUAAUGCCAUUCUGGGGGAAAGAAAGUUUGGUCCACUUGCCAGCUCUUCAAAGUGUGUUAAAAAUCAGGGAGAAGUGUGUGGACGUAAAGUUUCCCUGGUGGAGCUACCUGCCAUGUAUGGAAAACCUCAGGAGGCAGUGAUGGAGGAAUCACUCAGGUGUAUGUCCCUCUGUGAUCCUGAGGGCGUCCAUGCCUUCAUCUUGGUUCUACCGGUGGGUCCCCCAAGUGAGGAAGACAAGAAAGAAUUAGAGGCCAUCCAGAACACAUUCAGCUCUCGAGUGACUGACUUCACCUUGAUCCUGUUCACUGUGAAGUCUGAUACUAAGUCUCAAGCUGUUGUAAAAUGUCUAAGGGAGAAUGUGCACAUCCGAGAGCUCCGUCAGAGCUGCCGAGAACGAUAUUUUGUCUUCGACCUUAGAGACAAGCAGCAGGUCUUCCAUGUGUUACACACUGUGGAACAGAUGAGAGCUGAUCAGUCCAGAUGUUUCACAAAGGACAUGAUGGCCAAGCCACUGGAGAAAAAGGUUGCACACCAACAAUCUGUACCAAAGAUGGCUGGUUAUAAACUUCAGAGCAGAGAGUGUCUCAGGAUGGUGCUGAUUGGGAAGACCGGUUGCGGAAAGAGCGCCACUGCAAACACUAUUCUGGACAGACCAUGCUUCACAUCUCAAGCAAGCCCAAAGUCAGUGACUGUGAUCUGCCAGAAAGCAACAGGGGAGAUUGAUGGACGGCCUGUGGUCAUAGUCGACACCCCCGGCCUGUACGACACAACUCUGACCAAUGAACAAGUUAAACAGGAGCUUGUGAAAUGUGUCAGCAUGUUGGCUCCUGGACCUCACGUGUUCUUGUUAGUGCUGCAGAUCGGCCGUUGC